UUCGUAUACACAAGUUCCAUUUUCGAACCGUCUCGAAUUUCACAAAAUAUCUCAAACUAACUAUAAAUAAUUUCCUCUUUAAUCAACACUUCUAAAACAGAAAAAGCGCGUCCGUGAAGAUUGGACUUGGAGCUCCCAAAUUAGAACAUCAAUCGCCGCUUUAAUCACGUCGAGUUGAAAGUUCGUUGUUGUUCUGUCACAAUUCAAUUAUUAUUGUUAUACCGUUUCUUCCUUUUUACUCUUCACGUUUUUUUCUCUCUUUCGCUUUGGCUUGUCAAAUUGAUUGAGUGCGAUUGUUAUAUAAUAACUGUUUCUUUGGAUUCAGUUCUCUUGUUAGGUAACGUAGCUUUGGUUUUCUUUUUUAUUUAUUUAUUAUUAUUAGACCCUGUUUUCGGUUGUGCAGGUGAAGUCUUGAUUGAAUUUGAAGUUUGCUUAUUCUGAUGUGUUGUUGUUCUUUCUGAAUUCUGUUCAAUUUUGAAUUUUACCUGUUCGUUUUGUUUGUUUGAAUUCUGUGCAAUUUUGGAAUUUACAUCAGUUUGUUGUGUUUUGGAGGCGUUUGCUUUUAUGUUGAUUUGAAAAUUGAUGUAGGUGUUCGCUUUAGAAAAUAAGUACUAAGAUUAAGAAAUUGAUUUUGUUGAGAAAGCUUAAGGAAAAACUAUGCCAAUUAGUAGCUUUCUGAAAUGUUUGAAAAUUAGGAAUGCUGGUUCAACUGGUUUAACCCCAGUUGAAUCAUAUCAAACUCAAAGUUUUGAAUUGCGCAAUUAAUAUUGCGAUUGAUGUAUUCAUAAUCAUGAUUAGGAGACGGUCACUAAUGGUUUUUGCAAAACUUCCGUCCAACUAUGACUCAGAAUUCAAUAAUGGUGCGGUUGCUUCUACUACAGGCCUCUAGUAGCUGAUUAUAAGAAACACGAAAUGCUUAGUGUUUUAAAGUAUUUACAUAUUUGGACGCAAUUUCAGUUACAUAGAUGAGUGAUCUUAGGGCAAUAAUCUUGAUUGAUAUGUGAGAGCGAAACUUUUAGGAGACUCGAGGGAGUUGAGUGAUUAUAACUGUUUAGUUAUAGGUAGUAGAAUAGUCUUUCGCAGGACAUCCAAAGUGGAACUACCCAGUUGUAGAAUGCAUACGCUGCAAAGACCUGACUCUGUAAUUUUUGGAGGGAGGAAUGCCCAAACAAGUAUCAGCAAUCAGAUUUUGAUCUAUCUCCAACUGCAAGAAGCAAAAGAUUUCCUCCUUUUAUGCCUUGCCCACCUUUAUUUAUGCGGUUGCAUCAAGCGGAAUCUCAAACAACAUGGACAGCUUUGUCUUUUGUCUAUCUUAUUUCGUCUAGCUUGGACUGUAAGAGUUUGGAGCCUGUUUUGAUGUUGUUGAAGCUUCAUAUGGGUGGGAUAUCCUUUUUGCAUAUACCAUAGAACUCCAUUUGUUUCUUUGUUGGAGAGCAAGAAGAAUUGCUUCGAUGCUAGUUUGGCUCACAGACAAUGACUCUCCUGUAUUGACGCCGGUUUUUCCUUCCUAUUUCCAACCUUCUUUUGGUCUAGGUUGGAAGGUAACCCCGCUGCAAACAUUCUAUGAGAUAAGGUUUUUUUAACCUAGUCCCUGCAGUUGGUAGAGAAGACAACCCUGCUGCAACCCUUCUAUGAGAUGAAGUUUUUUAACCUAGUCCCUGGAGUAGUGUGAAUGUUCAAUUUGGUAGUGAACAUAGUUCACUUUCGAGUGACGUAGUUAUUAGCGAGAAAAGUGUUAUAUGUUUAUCCAAGGGAAUUUAUCAAGGUGCAGAAGGUGCCAGAUGAUAUGGUGCAUUUGUAUAUUUGGUUAGUUAUGGUUCCUCGAGGAGUCAAUGCUGAACUGCAUUUUAAGGUUGGAGUUUCUAUUGGUUGGUUCCACUAUAGUUGGAUUUGGUUCUAGGAGUUCUUCAAGGAGUCAAGUGAUCGAUCAAUGCUAACUGUAUUUACUGCUGGAGGCUGUGAAGAACCCCAGUGUUAUCUUGUAAUAUGUGGAAUUCUUGUAUAACACUUGUUUUGAUGUGUUCCUCUCUUGGAGUAGUGCUGAUUGGAGCUUCAUAAUACAAUUUUGUGUUGCUGAUUGCAAUUGGUCUGCGGCAGUAUAGAAGAAAGCAUUGAUGGGGUGACUAAAUAUGCCUUUAGAAGUUUUAGGAUUAUUUCUAAAUGUGUUCCUACAUGCAGGUCCUUAAGCUUACUUCCUGCUUCUAGAUAGUUGGUAUUCUUAUUUGAGGAUAGCUUGUAUCAUGGGUGAGGUGGCAGUGUUGCACUCUGAGCCUCUGCACUUUGAAUGCAAUGACAUCAAACAUGUGACUGAAGAAGAUGUUUAUCCACCAAAAUCAAAUCCAGAAUGCUUGCCUGGAGAAAAUUCAAGUCAAUCUAUAAAAGCAAAUCAUUUGCAAGAUAAAGGAUAUAUGGAAUACGGAUGCCAACACUACCGGAGAAGAUGCCAAAUCAGGGCCCCCUGUUGCAAUGAGAUUUUUGAUUGCCGCCAUUGUCACAAUGAGUCGAAAAAUGAUAUCAACAUAGAUUAUAAGCAUAGACAUGACAUGCCCCGACACCAAGUCAAACAGGUGAUAUGUUCACUUUGUGGCACUGAGCAAGAGGUUCAGCAAAACUGUAUUAAUUGUGGUGUUUGUAUGGGCAAGUACUUCUGUGAGACAUGCAAGCUCUUUGACGAUGAUAUAUCAAAGCAGCAGUACCAUUGUAAUGGCUGUGGAAUUUGCAGGACUGGUGGACACGAGAAUUUUUUCCAUUGUUAUAAGUGUGGUUGUUGCUAUUCAACUCUGCUGAAAAACAGUCACCCCUGUGUGGAAGGAGCUAUGCAUCAUGAUUGCCCCGUUUGCUUUGAGUAUUUGUUUGAAUCAAGAAAUGAUGUCAUUGUUAUGCCGUGCGGACAUACAAUUCAUAAAAGCUGUCUGAAUGAAAUGAGAGAACAUUACCAGUACGCAUGCCCUCUCUGUUCGAAGUCAGUCUGUGAUAUGUCAAAGGUUUGGGAGAAAUUGGACUUGGAGAUUGCUGCUACGCCAAUGCCUGACCCAUAUCAAAAUAAAAUGGUUUGGAUCUUGUGCAAUGACUGCGGGAAAACUUCUAAUGUUCGGUUUCAUUUUGUGGCACAAAAAUGCCUCAACUGCAAAUCCUACAACACCCGGCAGACGAGAGGCUGAGCAAUUGGCAUUAAAGUAUGGAUUGGUUUAAUGAAAAUUUCCAUUUCAUUUCACUUGAUUUAUUAUUGUGAAGGCGGUGAUACUCAAUGCUGUCCUCUCUCGGCUACAUCGACAUGUGCACUGCAUGCUUAAGACACAUUGAAUAAUGAUUCUUCAUUUUGAUUGUGUUAGGGAGUAAUGAGUUGGUUCAGCUAUAGUUAUGGGUUGGAACUAGUAGUUGAAAUUUCAUAGUGCUCAUUCAUGGAUUAAUCUAAUAUGUAAUCUUUUCAAUUAUUUUUAUUAUACAAAUUAGUUUUUUUUUAAAUAAAACGAGGUUUGUUCGUCAAAAUAAAAAUAAAAAA